AUGAGAGUCACUCAGUUUACUACGUCUGUAAAGUCAUGGAAUACGAACUCCACACAACGAGCAAGAGACGGCGGUGAGAACACUGCUUCGGACGACGGCUCAGAGCGCACUGGCGCUGAGCAUACUUUACUAACCCUGCGGCCACAACACUGUGUCCAAACAACCCUCCAGUGCCCAUUACUAACCUCCAGUGUCCAAACAACCCCCAGUGUCCAUAACAACCCUCCAGUGUCCAUAACAGCUCCCCAGUGUCCAUACAACCCUCCAGUGUCCAUAACAACCCCCCGGUGUCCAUACAACCCUACAAUGUCCAUAACAACCCCCCGGUGUCCAUACAACCCUACAAUGUCCAUAACAGCUCCCCAGUGUCCAUACAACCCUCCAGUGUCCAUAACAGCUCCUCAGUGUCCAUACAACCCUCCAGUGUCCAUAACAGCUCCCCAGUGUCCAUACAACCCUCCAGUGUCCAUAACAGCUCCACAGUGUCCAUACAACCCUCCAGUGUCCAUAACAGCUCCUCAGUGUCCAUACAACCCUCCAGUGUCCAUAACACCCCCCCCGUGUCCAUACAACCCUCCAGUGUCCAUAACAACCCCCCAGUGUCCAUACAACCCUCCAGUGUCCAUAACAAACCCCCCAAAACCCCCCCUGUCCAUGGACAAUCCUCCAGUGUCCAUAACAGCUCCCCAGUCUCCUCAGUGUCUGUACAACCCUCCAGUGUCCAUAACAGCUCCCCAGUGUCCAUACAACCCUCCAGUGUCCAUAACAGCUCCCCAGUGUCCAUACAACCCUACAGUGUCCAUAACAACCCCCUGGUGUCCAUACAACCCUCCAGUGUCCAUAAAAACCCCCCAGUGUCCAUACAACCCUCCAAUGUCCAUAACAGCUCCCCAGUGUCCAUACCAACCCAGCAGUUGUCCUAUACCCCCCGUGUCCAUACAACCCUCCAAUGUCCAUAACAGCCCCUCCAUCCCAGGUGUUCCCAUACACCCCCAUCCAUGGUGUCCAUACAAGCCCUACAGUCCUAACAACUCCCCCAGUGUCCAUAAACCCCCCAACCCCCCGGUUUCCAAAAUAGAACAACCCUCCGUGUCCAUACAACCCUCAGUGUCCAUAAACAAGCCGUCCCUAACAACCCCCCCCCGUGGAAACAACCCCCCGUCCAUACCACCCUCCAGUGUCCAUAACAACCUCCCAGUGUCCAUAACAACCCCAGUGUCACCUACCAACACUCCCCAGUGUCCAUACAACCCUGCCAGUGUCCAUAACAACCCCAGUGUCCAUAACCUCCGUGUCCAUAACAACCCCCCGGUGUCCAUACAACCCUCCAUUGUCCAUUCAACCUCUAGUGUACAAUACCACAACCCUCCAGUGUCCAAUAACCCCCCAGGUGCCCUCCUAUUUGAACCCCAAGUCCUACCUAACAACCCUCCAGUGGUCCAAUUCACCACAAACCCUCCAGUGUCCAUUCAACCCCACCGUGCCUAA